UGGCCCCAGAGGGUGUGACCAGACGCUGCUUUUCCUUGUACGCCGUAGCUGCCGACCGUUGCUCCCCAGAUCUUUCCUCCCCCAGCCUGAUGGGCGGUGGACUGCCGGUAUUUGGUGCGGCCAUCGAGAACACACCGGUAUCCAUUGACAGGAACCCCUCCAUCGCGUGAUGCAGAAUGGAUUGGUCACUUGUCGACUUGGCCAACGACGCCCAGGACAUCGCGCUCGGUCUGCAGGCGCUCCUGCAGGACCUGUCGGACUUUGAAGAUGAGGUUCUCGGCAACAUAAGCGCCCUUUUCGCCCUCAGCCCAGAGCUCCGGAGACUCGAAAAGGCCCUUGAGCGCCCCAAGAGCCGUCGCGCAGCAGCAUAUGUCACCGAGGAAGUCGACCUUUUGGCUAGUAGCUUGCAGCUGACUCUCGAAUCCAUUCGAAACUUCUUCGGCCAGUCCGAGUAUAGGACUCUGAGGGCUUGGAAUGAGCUCGGUGACCAAUUUGAGUCGGAAGGGCUACUCCUUGAUGACCGCCUGGGCGAAUACCGCCAACUCGCAUCGAGCAUCUGCGAGUACCUACAAGGCGCUAUCGCGGAGGAGGAUUUGGGCGAUGUAUCGUCAUUGGUCAAGCGCCUGAGAGCGCGACAAGCUGUAGGCAGUUCUACAUCCCGUCCCACCAUGCCAGCGAGACCGCACCUCCCACGGCAUCCUCACUACACCCAGCCGGAGCCGUGCUGCGAGUACGAACUCGACUCCAGCGAUUAUGGAGACUUUGGUGAUACGCCAUAUCCCUACCCGCCAGCGCCAGAAGUGGCGUCGCCAAUGAGCCCUACAUUUUCCAACUCCUCUUACGGCACCUACCACUCUUCCGACGCUUCGGUCACCGAUGGUCCGCCCAGCCCAUCACAACAUUGGGCAGUCAGGAUCUUUGAUGGGCGGCAUCCAUGGACGCAGUUCAGCGGAGCGCUCGGUCAACCGACUCGAUGUCUCGGCAGAGACAUGCCCGAGGCAGUCAACCGCCUUUACGCAGACGGAUUUCACAAAGUGAUUGAGCUGCCAUUCGACAACAACGAGGCCGUCGUGAGGCUGUACUGGCGUCCCAGCGACCACCGCGCCCGCAUCCUCUUCCUGACUAUCGACCAACUGGGUCGCCGCCAUCGGCACUGCAUCCCGUUGACGGCCUUGCGCUUCAUCCGCACUGGAUCGUGCUUACAGCUGUGCCGAGUCAAUCAUCAGGAUGGGCAGCUGGACUUGUGGGCGAACCUGCGGUUUAACGGAUAUGAGCGGAUGGUCUUAUUUUACUGCGCGGCGGUGGCUAUGAAGCGCCAGGACUCGAUUGGCACUGCGCCGAACAUGGAGGACUUCUUCCAGCCGGGCGAGAAGAUUGAGUUCGCAGGCGAAAUCGAAGACGACCACUACAGACACGCAUUCCGCAUUUUCCGGGACCGCGCCAGCGGAGCCGUCCGCUUCGAGGCGACAGCGUUGCGCGGCCCGAUGAAGAAGACGCCGAUCUGGACGGCUUUCGUGACGGCGUACGUGGGCGCGCGGGCUUGGAUGCGGCGGCUUGGACCCCGGACCGUCAGUCUGAGCGAGCUGCAUCCGUAUGUUUUCUGCGAGGGGUAUGCGCCGCCGCGCGGUGUGGGGGGUUGCUUUGAGUUGCGGUUUGGGCUCGCGGAUGACUGUGAAGGCUUCGUCCGCCUCUUCCACCGCAUCCCGGUGCCUCGAUGAUUAAGAAGGCCACCACGACGACCACGAUCACAACCACGACAGUAAUGCAGCGGCAUGAUGAUGAUUACGCACGAGUUUACGAUAUACGACUUGAUGACUGACGGCAGAGCGAGCGCGCGAGUAGGGCAUGACAGCCGACCCAUUCAUUCGUUCACUGGCACGGAAUAUGAACAUCGGCAAGAAAAUCAGUAACUAGUUCGAGCAGAGGAUUGCGUGUCUAGGUGUGAGUCUGCUUGCUUAAUCCGUAAUCUCAAAUCAUAUAGGAUGAUUUUGUCUGAACAACGUCGUCUCAAGGUAUAUGGAUAACAAAGCAGUGUUUAGCAUUGUUGCAAACCACCUUUUCCAUUAUAACCUGAACAACGAACUCACUAGUGUAUUGUCCAGCAACAACUCAUAAAUCCGAAAUUAUAUACGACAUUAACCACGAACAAUAU